CAUUGGACUCUUCCAUCAGACCGGAAGUGGGGCUGUUGUGCUUCCUGAAUUGAAUUCAGACGGCGGCUGUGCAACGAUGUCGGGCGGUCCAGGGAGACAGGGUAGCAAAGUUGUAUCGAAAGCGGCAACGGGCGGUGCGGGGGCCGCCGGGGCUGCCGGUGCACCCCCGGCCGUGCCCCUGGCCUCGCCGCUCAUGGGGAAGAAAAAGAAGCCGUUUCUGGGGAUGCCUGCCCCGCUGGGCUAUGUACCCGGGCUCGGCAGAGGUGCUACUGGAUUUACCACCCGGUCCGAUAUUGGUCCCGCUCGGGAUGCGAACGACCCGGUAGAUGACCGCCAUGCGCCCCCGGGAAAGAGGACAGUUGGGGACCAGAUGAAAAAGAACGAAGAGGAUGAGGAAGAUUUGAACGACACCAACUAUGACGAGUUUAACGGCUAUGCAGGUAGCCUUUUCUCCAGUGGGCCGUACGAGAAAGACGAUGAAGAGGCAGAUGCAAUAUAUGCGGCACUGGACAAAAGAAUGGAUGAGCGGCGCAAAGAGAGGAGGGAGCUACGCGAGAAGGAUGAAAUUGAGAAAUACCGUAUGGAGCGACCAAAGAUCCAGCAGCAGUUUUCAGAUCUAAAGAGGAAGCUGGCAGAGGUGUCUGAGGAGGACUGGCUCAGCAUCCCAGAGGUGGGCGAUGCAAGAAACAAGCGUCAGAGAAACCCGCGCCAUGAGAAGCUUACACCUAUGCCCGACAGCUUCUUCUCCAAGCACCUUCAGUCUGGUGACAAGAACACCACCGUGGACCCGCUGCAGGGGCUGGGCGGUUUGAACACCCCCUACCCAGGCAGCAUGACCCCCGGAACCGGAGAGUUGGACAUGAGGAAGAUCGGCCAAGCCAGGAACACACUCAUGGACAUGAGGCUUAGCCAGGUGUCUGACUCAGUUAGUGGACAGACGGUGGUGGAUCCCAAAGGUUACCUGACCGACCUCAACUCCAUGAUCCCAACCCACGGAGGAGACAUUAGUGACAUCAAGAAGGCUCGUCUUCUGCUCAAGUCGGUGCGGGAGACCAACCCCCACCACCCCCCUGCCUGGAUCGCCUCCGCCAGGCUGGAGGAGGUGACGGGCAAGCUGCAGGUGGCUCGUAACCUCAUCAUGAAGGGCACCGAGAUGUGUCCCAAGAGUGAGGACAUGUGGCUGGAGGCGGCCAGGCUGCAGCCGGGGGACACGGCCAAGGCGGUGGUGGCCCAGGCGGUGCGCCAUCUGCCCGGCUCGGUGCGCAUCUACAUCAGGGCUGCGGAGCUGGAGACCGACGGCAGGGCCAAGAAGAGAGUGCUCAGGAAGGCCCUUGAGAAUGUGUCCAAGUCGGUGCGUCUUUGGAAGACGGCCGUGGAGCUGGAAGAACCCGAGGACGCCAGGAUCAUGCUGAGCAGAGCGGUGGAGUGCUGUCCCACCAGCGUGGAGCUAUGGCUGGCGCUGGCCAGGCUGGAGACGUACGAGAACGCCCGCCGCGUCCUCAACAAAGCCCGCGAGAACAUCCCCACGGACCGCCACAUCUGGAUCACCGCCGCCAAGCUGGAGGAGGCCAACGGCAACACGCAGAUGGUGGAGAAGAUCAUCGACAGAGCCAUCACCUCGCUGGGCGCCAACGGCGUGGAGAUCAACAGGGAACAGUGGAUACAGGAUGCAGAGGAGUGUGACAAGGCGGGCAGCGUGGCCACCUGCCAGGCCGUCAUACGGGCUGUCAUAGGGAUCGGCAUCGAGGAGGAGGACUGCAAGCACACCUGGAUGGAGGACUCAGAAAGUUGCGUGUCCCAUGGUGCUCUGGAAUGUGCCAGGGCAAUCUACGCCCACGCUUUGCAGGUGUUUCCCAGCAAGAAGAGUGUGUGGCUACGGGCUGCCUACUUUGAGAAGAACCAUGGCACCAGGGAGUCUUUGGAGGCUCUGCUCCAGAGGGCUGUGGCUCACUGCCCCAAGGCGGAGGUGCUGUGGCUGAUGGGAGCCAAGUCCAAGUGGAUGGCCAACGACGUGCCUGCAGCCAGGAGCAUCCUCGCGCUGGCCUUCCAGGCCAACCCAAACAGUGAGGAGAUCUGGCUGGCGGCCGUGAAGUUGGAGUCUGAGAACAAUGAGUACGAGCGAGCCCGUCGCCUGCUGUCCAAGGCCCGGAGCAGCGCGCCCACGGCCAGGGUGUUCAUGAAGUCGGUGAAGCUGGAGUGGGUGUUGGGGAACAUCGAGGCAGCCCACGAGCUGUGCUCCGAGGCCCUCAAGCACUACGAGGACUUCCCCAAGCUGUGGAUGAUGAGGGGCCAGAUCGAGGAGCAGUCCGAAAACAAUGACAAGGCCAGAGAUGCCUACAACCAGGGGCUGAAGAAGUGUCCCCACUCCAUGUCCCUGUGGGUGCUGCUCUCUCGUCUGGAGGAGAGGGUGGGACAGCUCACCAGGGCCAGAGCCAUCCUGGAGAAGGCUCGCCUCAAGAACCCCCAGACCCCGGAGAUAUGGUUGGAAUCAGUCCGACUAGAGUUCCGGGCAGGACUAAAGAAUAUCUCCCACACCCUGAUGGCUAAAGCCCUGCAAGAGUGCGCCAACUCUGGCAUCCUGUGGGCUGAGGCAGUGUUCCUGGAGGCCCGGCCGCAGAGGAAGACCAAGAGCGUGGACGCGCUGAAGAAAUGUGAACACGACCCCCACGUCCUGCUGGCUGUGGCCAAGUUGUUCUGGAGCGAGCGUAAGAUCACCAAGGCCAGAGAAUGGUUCCUGAGGACAGUGAAGAUCGAGCCAGACCUGGGAGAUGCUUGGGCGCUCUUCUAUAAGUUUGAAUUGCAGCACGGCACAGAGGAGCAGCAGGAGGAGGUACGCAAGAGGUGUGAGAACGCCGAGCCGCGCCACGGAGAGCUGUGGUGCGCCGAGUCCAAACACGUCCUCAACUGGCAGAAGAAGAUCGGUGAGAUCCUCACCCAGGUGGCGGCCAAGAUCAAGAACACCUUCUGAUCAUGGUUUCAUUCACACGAAGGAUUCAAGGCAGUUUGGCAGGACUCGGGCGCUCAGCACACAUUAGUGGUCGGGGGAAAGGCUCUGAGCUGUGACUCUUGUUCUUUUUUUCCCUCCUGCUGUGUACAGUGAUAUGUAUACAGUGGCCACACUCAUUCAUUUCGGCUGUUCACCUUUUUCAUUGCUUUGGUUGUGCUCCAUCUGGCUGAACCGUGGAUAACAACGAAAGAAACAUGUAUUUUUAUGGGUUAAUUUUGUCUCGUUAUAUUUUUGUUUUGUGAGCUUAAGUAAACGGCGUGUAUAAGCGUAUCAUUCUAGGGAUUUGUGUUGUUGAUUCUUUAUUUGUGAUGCGUUGUUUGACUGAACCCCUGCAGGUUUAAGAUAACAUUUUUCUCAGCUUGUUUAUUUGAUCUCUUACAAACUUAGUGGGUGGGUUUGAUUCCCCCAUAUUAUUAAAACUCAGAAAAUUGUAAUCUUUUAUUGUCUGACCGUUUUAAUGCAAAUGGUUAUCCCCAUCCAAGUCCCUUUCAAUAUAUUGUAGUUAUCUGUUGUAGAGGUAAGGUAUAGUCCUACAUCAUUGCAGCUUUGUUGCUUGAAUUUCUCAACCGGAAACUGCAUUAAAAAAAGAUACCUUUGAACCUUG